ACGGUGGCAUGAGGAUUAUGCAUGCAAAUCUUUAACCAUUUUCAACUGACUUAUUUCUGGGACAAAUGCCUUCUUUAUGCUUUGUUGAAUGGUAAUGCAUACAAGUACAACAAGCAAGCAUUCUUUUUAUCUCUCUUGAUUUAUUUGCCGCCAUCAACCUCAUUCCCGCCGCCACAACAGAUUGGAAGAAGAUUGUCAAAAGGUAAUUUCUUCACCGGAACGAACACCAUCCAACUCUGCUUAAUUCGCAUUUCUGGUUCAGUGGCAAGUAUAUCGGUUACUCAUACGACUUUUCCAUCAUAAAGGAACGGAUGAGCGAUUGAAAGGUCCGUACAGUCGAUUCUUAUCGGGCGUACGCUCAAGACUUUGACAUCACCACACAUACAACACAUAGUCAUCAUGACACAACCUAUGCAAGAAGAAGGAGUGUCUUCCCUUCGUGAUUCGAGAUGGAGCAGAACGCGGGAAGAAAGUAAUAUUCCAAGUGAACCAUCCACACCAGCAGCAUCUCACUUUCAAAGCGAUUCCAGAGAAGCAUCUCGAUCUCGUGCUGCCAGUACAUCCGUUUCUCAACCUUCUACUCUCAACAUCGAUGCAGAAGAUGAAGACGUAAAGAUUGCCAUCAUGGCACUUGGUGCGAUGAAACAUCUCGAUGGAAAAUCUCGUUCACGCAGUCGAUCCGCCGAUGGACAAGCAAUUCGUGAAGGAGGCGCAAAGCAUUCAUCCUCAUCCAGAUCCGUUAGCUCAACUGCAAUCUCAUCUCCAUCGUCAUCAACACUGACGACCGAUCAAAUGUCAACUCUGGCAUCAUCAUCUGCCUCUACAUCCUCUUCGACUCCGGCAACAUUGGCCGAUCUGCCUGCCGAUUUUCAAUUCCCUGCAAUCGUUUAUGAUGAAAGCGGAAAUGAAGUCCGAGUCGAACGUGAGGAUAUGGCCGAUGCCGAUUUCCUCAAACGGGUAAGUCAUUUGCCAAUCGUUCGUGGUACUUUGCGAGCAUAUGAAUUGGGAAAACAACAUAGCCGUGUGAUGCGAUAUGGUGGUGGCUUGGUUGAAUCUUCCGUCAAGGCUAUCUCACAACCUGUCAUUGGCCGUAUCGGUGCACGUUUGGGCGAUCGUAGAGUGGAACAAUUGGAUGAUUUCGCAUGUAGACAAUUGGAUCGUAUUUAUCCUUAUGCUGCCGAAUCAGGUUUGACCAAAGAGGAAAAACAAGAGAUUAUGGCAGAAAUUGAUGAGAAAGAUCGAACGGAAUGGAAAGAUAUGUCGGAAGAAGAACGCAGUAAGCGCAAAAAGGCUUACAUUGCUCUACGAUCUGAGGAAAGUGAGCGUGCUCGUUUAUUGCAAGACAGUGCAUCUACCCAACAAGCCAAAGAAAAGAAUGGCGAACAGAAUGGCAGCAACAAUGGCAUCGCUGGCCUGUUAAGUCGAAGCGCAAGUUACCAGCAACAACAGCAACAAGCACACAGAGGAAGCUUUACCGCUCCCGAUGCGCAAAGACAAGCCCUCAUCCGUGCACACUCAGAUCAAGCAUCAUCUCGAAUGAAUGGCUCGUCAGGCUGGUCAUCCAUGUUGGUCGAAGCAGGUGUGACAGCAGGUGGUUUGAGUGCAGCAAUGAGCGAAGAAAGUAUGAAGAGCUUGAAGUAUUGCUUGCAAUGGUUACAGUAUGCUACCGCUCACAUCGAACAUCAAAUCACAGAUUUACGUGAUCUCAUCGUCAAGCUUAAUCAUGGUGAAUUGGAUUUAACUUCACCUGCUGCGCAAAAUUUGUCAAAUAUCAAAAGUGAUGUUGUUGAUACGAUUCGCAAUGUCGUUGACGUUGUUGGAAAGUACGCCGGAGGGGCUUUACCGGAACCUGCCCGUGCUUCUGUGAAAGCUUUCAUUUUGAGUUUACCUGCUCGUUGGGCAACUGUGAACCGUGCAUCUUCAGCCGUUGAUUCUCGUCAAGGCGCAUUUGGAAAUUCUCCGGCUUCGCCUUCUUUUUCUUCUGCUCAUAUGAGUCAAACGGGUAACGCUUCUUCACCUGGAAGAUCCAAUUCAAUCAAUACGGUUGCGAGACAACAAGCUGCUGCCACUGCAGUUGCCGCAAAUCGUGUGCUCACAUUGGCUGUAGAAUCACUGGAUAUCCUUCGUAGCGUUACUGUCGUCUUUGGAGAAAGUUUGGAUCGUGCUGAUUUAUGGGUGGAAAGGCUGCGUGUCUUGGGUUUGCAACGUAAACGUGCACAUGAACAAGCUGCUGCAGAAGAGGCUGCUGCUCGAAUUGAUGCUGGAAUGGGAGGUGCUCUGGCCCGAGGACCUUCUCAUUGGGAAUCAGCACGAGGAAUGCAUUAUUCCGGCAGUCAAUCCCCUGGUGCAGAGUCCAACAUGUCAAUAGGAACGACUGCUUCUUCAAAGAGAAGAAGGGUGAAGAGGCGUGGUACAUUGCGUCACAGUGCUUCACCCGGUCCAAAUGGAGAAGCAGAAGGAGAUUUGAGUGAUGAAGGUAGCUCGACUGAAACCGAGAAUGCCAAAUUAUCAGCUCCUUUAGGCAGAUCUCAAUCUGCACAAAAUCAUCCAGUUUCAGCAGUUUCGGGAGUUCAUCAUCAUUUCCAACAUCCUCAUGGACCUUCACUUUCACAAAGACGCGGCAAAGGCAAGAAUGGCCGUUACGGUAUCAGUCAAACACCGCCUUCGGGAAGCACUCCUUUACUGCAAGAAUUAACAUUACGUGAUCGUAGCGAAAGCGUUGGAAGUCAAAGUGCAAGCUUUGGUGGUGGCAAUAAAACUGGAUAAAAAAUGAAUCUUUCGUUUGUUUGUUUUUUUAAUCUCCCCCUUUUUUAAUCGUUCGGAUUUCGACUUUCUUGUGCAUAGUCAACUUUGUACUCCAACCUUUGUUCCUGGCUUCGUUCAAGUUUCAACACACGCACACACACACACAUACAUAUGUUCUCACUCUCAAUCUUGUACUUAUAUCUCUUGUUUUCAAUUCCUUCUCUUUAUGUACAUCAUUCGUACAUACCAUCAUCCUUUCUUUUACCAUUCGUCUAUUCUACUUCACUCAAGCAUAUGUAUUGUUGUUAAUAUGCGCGUACAUAAUGUGUUCUAGUAAUACAAUCGAUAUUGGAUAAUGUACAUGUUGAAGUGUGUGAGUCAUUGUCAUCGUAUUAUGCACCAAUCAGGUGUGUGUUUACGAUCUGGUCGUAUUUGGGAGAUGGGGAACAUGUCGAUGAACUGUAAAGAGAUGUAAGUGGAUAAUUGGACGCUUCUCAUGUACCCUGUGGCUCCU